AUGAUAACUAGCGAUGUGGAGGUUGGAGCAGGAGAUAGCACUGGUCAUACCGUCCAAUUUCUACUUGAUUGUAAAGAAAAAGGUCGUGAUCUUGGCAAUCUACGUCCCCCAUCAAUUUUCAUGGUUCCUAGACUCUAUCGAGAUCUCAAUUCAAGAUCUUUUACCCCUAGUCUUGUCUCUAUUGGACCUCUUCACAGACGAGAUAAAAAUUUGCAAAAGUUUGAAGUUCAAAAAAUGCCUUAUUUACAUUAUUUAUUGGAUCUAUCUACUUCCAACCCAGAGCAAACGUUACAAGAAUGUGUGCAAAAGGUGAGUACGAAGAUUGAACAAAUAAAAGCAUGCUAUGAAGAGUCAACGACUUACAACGAUGACGAACUUGCUAGAAUGAUGGUAAUAGAUGCUUGUUUCAUACUUUAUUUCAUUCAUCUUCUUUCACAACAUGAUGGACCAUUUCAGGGAAACUGGUCGAUUGCUCCAUUAACAGUUCGAGACCUGGUUUUGAUAGAAAACCAAAUCCCGUUUUUUGUUCUUAAAGACAUCUUUGAAUCUACUAUUCUUCAUUUUAAACCAAAUACCUCUCUCACUAACCAUAUUAAAAUACUUCUCCGCUAUUACAACUUCUUUGGAGAAUAUAUAAUAACAAGCAAUAUAAGCGUUGAAACCACCGAUCAUGAUCAUAUUCUUGGCUUUCUUCACAAAUUUUUACAGCCUACAAAUGAUUUCCCAUCAGCAUCUUAUUCAUAUCCAAAGAGGCACUCCGCCUUGGAGCUCGAUAGAGCUGGGGUAAACUUUAGGCCUAAUGAAGAUGUAAAUUGGGUAAUAGCCAUGGAAAUGAAAUUACCCAGGUUUUCAUGGUUCCCAUGGUUUUGGUGUAAGCCUACAUUGAGGAUGCCAAAACUGCAUGUUCAUGAUAACACUGAGUUGAUAAUAAGGAACCUGAUUAUGUAUGAACAGGCUUGUCUACUUACUAGAUACAUUACAGCAUAUGCUUGGGCCAUGGAUAUGCUAAUCGAUACUGCUGAGGAUGUUGCCAAGUUGAUAAAGUCAGGGGUCCUGAUAAACGAUUGUGGUUCUAAUGAGAAUGCUGCUAAUAUGAUAAACAGAAUAUGCGAAGAUGUCGCAUUAGAUGGUUUUUAUUAUCAUCAAGAGUGGCAAGAUCUGGAUACAUACUAUAAUAGAUAUUGGCCCAAUGCUGCUGCAGGGUUGAAGCGGACAUAUUUCAGUAGUCCAUGGCAUAUGGUUGCUGUAUUCGCUGGAAUUAUUUUGUUUAUUCUUACCAUAGUUCAGACAAUCUUUACAAUCAAGGCUGCAAAUCCGAUAAUUGUAACUAAACAUUAG